AUGAGCGGUGUCAAUCUUAAGUUGGAAUUUGCUGGAGGUAGCGAAUUUCUUGUGGGGAAUCAGAAAGAACACAAUGUCACAGUUCCUUGCGACAACGAUUCCUUGACUGUCUCGGAACUUAUUCAGUAUGUCAAUGACGUAAUGCUUAAGGAUUCCACUCGAAAAGAACUCUUAAUUGAAGGUAAAACAGUGAGACCAGGCGUGCUGGUAUUGAUUAAUGAAUGCGACUGGGAACUUUUGGGUUGUGAAAAAGCUGAAUUACACAAUGGAGACUUGGUUACAUUUUUGUCGACACUGCACGGGAAACAUGAAAUCUUUGGCAACAAACAUCUGCCUCACAAAGCUGAACUUCCGGUCGAACUCCAACAUGCUACUCCAUCCGGACUACUGCGAUAUCUGCAUGCACCGUUAGCUGCAUUGCAGGAAACACGCAUCAGCGAUCGCCCCAUCAUCAGUAUCGACAGUAACACCAUCUAUUGUGGCGAUUCUGAUGAUACAAAAGUGGGAGACUGCGCAACAGCUUUGAGGAACGAUUACAACAAUCUGAUGGAGGAGUUUGGAUCAACGUCGUCAGGAUGCGCUUUUGCACGAUUAGGAGAUCGUUAUUGA